GAGGACCAACACCAAUUCUUUUUUUUAAAUAUGGUAACAGGAAGGCCACUUUGUUGCUAGGCUCAGAACUUGGAUUUGUCGUACCAAGUCGUUCGUUUGCUAUGUUCGCCAGUACCGCGCGGCGCUGAUAGACUGUUACCUUACUACACCACUGCUGUCCCGUCCUGUCGCCCAAACUCCUGGCAGUUCGCGUCUCAGCUUCAUGAGGACUACUUACCCUUGCAAAAACACUUAUCUCGAUCUAUUGUCACCCCGCUCUCCUCGACGACAACACCCCCGGCAAGCUACUUGCGGUCGACUUUCCGACAGAAAUCGCUCGCAACCAUCUUUGUCAGCUUUUGAGCCUCCGUAGGACAACGUGGCUCCUCACAGCAUCCUGUAUUGAUCUCGGCAUCAUCGCACUGCCGAACCCCUGUUACGCACGGACACAAAGUCUCUUGAGGAAUUCUGGCGCAUCAAUCGCAAGUCACUCGCCUCUGUGACUGUUGGUCAGCUUGAGUCACGUUCACGCUUGCACAAGCAUAUCACACUUGCACAAGCAUACGCCUACAGACAAAUCAGACCGCCAGUCAUGGCCUCACAAAAACCCCAGGUCGACAUUGGACAAGGCUUCGUCAACUAUCUAAGAAAACAAGCACGAUCUAGGCAGAAACCGGCAGUUUGUAAUCUUUGCAAUUUAGACCUCCCAGCCGUCACCGACCAUGUGCAAUUUGAGGCUCACAUCAAAUCGGUUCAUGCUCAACUUUAUAACAGCAAAACAACAGAAAAGGAAAAAGAGGACUGGCUGAAUGCGCAAUGGAAAGCAUCUCAGCCUACAAAUAUAAGUGAGAGAAACCCAGGUAUAGACGUUAGUUCUAGAUCCGGAAAGGCAGCUUCUCCCGGAGACGCCAACCGGCCGUCAAACUGGGGAAAAAAUGCUGGCCAAGAAUCGGCCAAUGUGGCGCAAGCGCAACCAGACCGUGCUUUCCGAACAAAGAGUCCUUCUCCCAGCAACAAAAGGGAGAGCUCUCGUAGCCAGUCACCCCCCAAGCGCUCCAAAACUUCUGGCCGUCAGGGAGCUAGUGCGUUGACGGAUGAUGCGCGUGCGGAAUUUGACCGGGGACCAACUCAAAAAGGAAUGCUGUGGGAUCCCCAAAAUGAUACAACUCGGACUCGCACUCAGCCCUACGACAAGUCAAACGUUGCCACAAGCCACAAACUACCUUUAGCUGCUUCGCAGGCCAAGUCCCGCCGCCAGAGUCAACAGUCCCAAAACGCACCCAGUCGAGCCCCUGCUCAGUCUGAAGAUAUGUCGAUUGGGUUCCUCAAACAGCCCGAGACACGCGCUAUUUCCCAGGAGCAGCUUGUUACCGAGGUCAAGGGUAUCUAUGCUGGCCUUGUUAUGGUUGAGAGCAAAUGCAUCGAGGUCGACAACGCCCAGAAUGCCGAGACAGAUCCCGCCAACAAGCCCAUCAACCAUGAGCAAUGGCAGGCAUUGAUCGCUCUGCACCGCACUUUGCUUCACGAGCAUCACGAUUUCUUCCUGGCUUCUCAACACCCGUCUGCGAGCCCGGCAUUAAGACGAUUGGCCGCCAAGUAUGCUAUGCCGGCCCGAAUGUGGAGGCACGGAAUUCACAGCUUCCUUGAACUGCUAAGACACCGUCUUCCCGGGAGUCUUGAGCACAUGCUCACUUUCAUUUACCUGGCAUACUCGAUGAUGGCAUUGCUGUACGAAACUGUGCCUGCUUUUGAAGAGACAUGGAUUGAGUGUCUCGGGGAUUUGAGCCGUUAUCGGAUGGCCAUUGAGGAGGGCAACCUUCGUGACCGAGAGAUAUGGACUGGUGUGAGCCGGGAUUGGUACUCGAAGGCUUCCGACAAGUCACCCACUACUGGGCGUCUCUACCACCAUCUCGCCAUUCUUUCCCGGCCCAACGCGGUGCAGCAACUCUAUUAUUACGCCAAAUCGCUCUGCGUUGCAAUCCCUUUCAACUCGGCUCGUGACAGCAUCAUGACGCUUUUCGACCCUGUUUUGGGUCCCGAUUCAAGUCGUCACUCAAGGCUGCAUCAUAUCGAUCUCGCAUUCGUCCAGACCCAUGGCGUCAUGUUCAGUGGCAAGUCUCAGGACAAGCUGGAGGAUUAUAUGGAAAAUUUCUUGAAACCCCUUGGUAAUCACAUUCAAGUUUCAGGAUAUCAGUGGCGAGAGCCUGGAUACCACAUUGCUAUUGCAAACUGCUGUGCCAUCAUUGGUUGGGGUAAUGAAAAGAACCCAGUUUAUCGAGCCAUAAAAGCGAAAGCAAGCGUCAAUAAUGAGUCGCGUGACCAAACCAUGACUGGCAUCGAGGGGGCGGAACCAGAUCUACAACUCGUAACAGCUCUGAGAUUGGCCAACAGGACUCAUGAUGUCGUCUUGAGACAACAGGACGACCUAAAUGUGGUACCAUAUCUCCAUGCCACUCUUGCGUUUGUCUACCAUCUGAUCUCUCUGCCAGAGGCCAUGGUCCACUUUGCACCAGAGUUUCCCUGGCGCCUGGUGUCUUACCAGCUGAACUCCUUGCUUCGGGAGUAUUCCGCGUAUGACCGGUUUGAGAGCGACAAGUUUCCCAGACUGGAGAAUGAAGAGGUUCCCCGUCCCCUGCCUGAGGACUUUGCCAUGCGCGGCCUUCUGUGGGUUGAGAAGUUUUUCCCCAGCGACUGGUUCUCGGAAGACAAGAUCAUCGACGACGAGAAGUAUUUCGAAUCGGCUUCCCUCUUCGAUGAAAGAAUCCCACGGGUUCUGUACUUGGGCUAUCGGAUUGCCAUGGAAGGAGAGGGCAAAUGGCUUCAAUACGACCCGAAGACUCAUCGGUUCGGGGUGCACUCGCAGUAUGAGCUGGAGUCUCACAGAGGAGGCAAAGACUACGGUGAACUGCCUGAUGCGGCCGCCCACCCUUGAUCAGACGCGAGCGUGGGUGCACUACGGGUAUCAAGUGCAUCAGAAUCAUCCAUAUAUACGUUUCAUAUCAUUUUGUGACCGUCAGGAACUCUGAGACAGGUGAGCCGCUAGGGUUUCCUUUCUUUUUUUUUUUUUUCUUUUUGUUUACUUAACUCCAGAGGUUCUCUUUCACUUCAGCGUACGAAUAGACUGGAGAAUUAACUUUUUGAUAUAUCUUUUUCACAUGUACAUCAGCAAUCGGUGUAUUCAAGUGUGUACGGUUCUGGUUUUCAUUUGGUGAAGCCCAGAGGAAAAUUGUGCUCAAGGUGCCAUUUUGGCCUUUGAGUGUAGAUGUGUAGCAUUGUAAUUGUGAAAGAGAUCAGUAAUACU